CGUCAAAACGUUUUGACGCUCCUAUACCUCCAGGGAUGGUCAAUAUGUUUCUACCAUUAUGGGUUGCUAUUUUACUGUUAAGCAGUUUCGGUGCAGCUGUGCAGAACCGACAAAAGGCAACAGAACUGAAUCAGAUAGUGGAACAAAUUUACCGUGCGAAGAUCUUACGAGACUACUACGUGUGGAAGGAUCUUGCAAUCAUACAGGAAACUCAUUGUGAAACUAGAUUUAAUCAAACUAAGGAUUCGUGUCACACCUGUAAAGCAAGGCAGACUAACAAACACCAUCUAGGGGAUAAUGUCGUCACGGCUCUAAAAAACAUAUCUAAUGGUAGAAAUCAAUCACAGACCAUCACUGGAGAUAACCUAUCAACCAUGAGAAGUAACCCACCAGCAACCACAAGUACUAGUGACCCACCAACAACCACAAGUAUUACUGACCCACCAACAACCACAAGUACUACUGACCCACCAACAACCACAAGUACUACUGACCCACCAACAACCACAAGUAUUACUGACCCACCAACAACCACAAGUACUACUGACCCACCAACAACCACAAGUACUACUGACCCGCCAACAACCACAAGUACUACUGACCCGCCAACAACCACAAGUACUUCUGACCCACCAACAACCACAACAACUACUGACCCACCAACGACCACAAGUACUACUGACCCACCAACAACCACAAGUACUACUGACCCACCAACAACCACAAGUACAACUGACCCACCAACAACCACAACAACUACUGACCCACCAACAACCACACCCAUCAACAACCACAACAACUACUGA